AUUUGUUUUAUUGUUUUAUAAUAACUAUAUUAAUAUGGGUAAACCUAAAAAGUUUUUGUUGGUAGAUUGAAGAGAACUCUGCAGGAGGAUCUUCGGAGUCGACCUACCUCUACCCAUGAAGGACUACGAGAUUGAAGAAAAGAAGCAGGCUGCUGCUGAUGUUCUAUUUCAAUAUUCAAAAUUUGCUCUGGCAUGUCUUGGAAAUCAAGUUCGACCCUGCGACUUAAGGUUGCAUUUGAUGAAGGAAAUUUCAGGUUUGCCUACUUCACUGAAAAAGGCACCAUCCCAUACGGCGGCACCUUCUCCUGAGGUGAUGGGUGAAUCUUCGAGCUCCGGAACUGCAAGGCUUGACAAGACAGAUAGCUUUAGAACACUCUAAGACUGCCGGGUUGGGGUGACUCAUGUCAUCGUGCAUCGUACUUUGCCUACUACUUCUAUAGUUGUCGUUCUUGGUAUAUAUGCACAUUGGUGCAUUGCAGUAAAGGCUAUGGAAUAUCCAGAUCCAGGCUACCAUGUCCAGGUUUGCUUAUAGAUGCUAUGAUGAUUAUGAUGUUGAUAAGAACAAUGAAUUUCGGUUUUUCAAAUAUCUGUAGGAACUGCUACUGAGCUCUACUACUGUUAAUUUUGUAUUUGUGUCAUUGUGUGUGGUUCUUUGGUAUAAUAUUGUGUCGAUUUUUAUUUA